ACACACAACACAAAAAAAAAAAAAAGGAAAGUAAAAUCUUUCUUCAAUGGCAACAAAUAACACAAACAACAAUCACACUUAUCCAGAUGAUUUCAAAUGCCCAAUUUCACUUGAGAUAAUGUCUGAGCCAGUUAUACUUUCAUCCGGUCAUACCUUUGACCGCCGGUCAAUACAACGGUGGCUUGACGCCGGCCACCGUACAUGCCCAAUCACUAAAUUACCGUUAUCAGAUUCACCUAUUUUAAUCCCUAAUCAUGCAUUAAGAAGCUUAAUUUCAAAUUACACAACUCUUAAUUUAUCAAAACCCAGUUCGAAUCAACAACACCCAGAAACCCUAAUAUCAAUUUUGACUUCGAAAUCGUCAACCCCAGAAGUCAAACUUGUGGCAAUUGAGAAUCUUUGUCAGAUUUCAAAACGUGAUUUUGAGGUCAGAAAACGGCUGACGGAGUCAGGGGCGGCGGCGGCGGUUCUGGGUUGUGUAAAGAUUAAAGAUUUUGUUAAGUUACAAGAAAAAGCUUUGAAAUUGUUGUUGAAUUUGAGUUUAGACGAUGAUAAUAAAGUGGGGUUAGUGGCCGAGGGUGCAAUUUGUAAUAUCGUAGGUGUUUUGUGUGGCGGCGGCGAGUCUGCCGACGGGAGAGCGACGGCGGCGACGGUGUUGACCAGUUUAGCGGUGGUGGAAGUUAAUAAAGCGACAAUCGGGGCGUACCCUAAUGCGAUAUGGGGGUUGUUGAGGCUUAUCAAUGAAGGUUGUGUGCGUGAGAGGAAAGAAGGUGCCACGGCGCUUUACGCGCUUUGUUCGUAUCCGGAUAACCGGAGAAGAGCGGUGGAAUGUGGGGCGGUUGAGAUUUUAAUGAAUUCGUUGAGUUUAGGGCUCGAAAGGGCGGUUGAGGUGUUGGGAUUAUUGGCAAAAUGUAAAAGAGGGAGAGAAGAAAUGGUGAAUAGGUUUAAUGGUUGUUGUGAUGAUAUAAAGACAUUGAUACAUGUAUUGAAUAAUGGGAGUUCAAGAGGUAUUCAAUAUGCACUUUUGACAUUAAAUUCACUUUGUUUGAGUAGUGAAGUGAUUUGUGUUGAGGCUUUAAGAGAAGGUGUGUUUGAAUUGUGUUUGAGGUUUUUGGAAGAUGAUAAUGAGAAAGUUAGAAGGAAUGCGUCGAGUUUGAUCAAGGUUUUCGGUGGUGCAGGCUGCGUUUAGGGACGAACGAUGGAUGGAUUAGUGAACGGGAGGUUAGUUGGGCUUUAAUCUUUAUGUAUUUAAAGAUUUGUUGCAGAAAGAAAACGAAAAAAAAUUUUACAUGUUGGUUGAAAUGAUGUUGUCAAUUGGUAUGUUGUACAUUAUUAAUAAGCUGGCCGAAAAUAGGAAGUUCCUUGUUGUAAUGUGUCGAUAGAAAGUUUUAAAAUUUGUUCAUAGUAUGGUGUAUCUUAUAAUUCAUUUCUUAGCAUAUUGAGCACGGAAACACACUUACACUCUACACAAGUAUUGUAAUUCUGCUCAUAGGAUGGUAUAGAUUUUAUUUUCUCGUUUCACUCGAGCACUAAGCUAUAUAUUGCCUGAGGUGUUGUAGAAAAAUGAGUCCAAGGCAUUACUGUAAUUUACAAGUGAAUUUGAUUAUGAAGAUGAUAAUUUUGGUUUC